AUGGUUUCUGCGUCAAAUUAUUCAACAAAAGAGGAUGAAGUGAUUCGAGGAAUUGAAUAUAUGCAAUUUUCGAUAUUUUGUGUAACUUUACCAUUUUAUAUUUUUGUAUUAUAUUUUAUUUAUCUCGGAAGAAAGAGAAAAAUCGAUCAAUUAUCCACGCCAUUUUUUCUUUUAUGUAUAACAACUGGAAUUAUUGAUAUCCUAAACUAUACCAACAAUUAUUUCAAUUCAAUGUUACCUAAAUGGGGUUGGGGUGUUCCAUUUUUUCUAUUCCUUGAUGGGAUAUACGCCCACAUAUAUUUUUAUAUUGCUUGGUCGACUGGAAUUUGUCAAGUAUUUUCAGUUGCGGUGAUUGCAUCAAAUCGUCUAACCGCAAUAAUAUAUCCUUUUCGGAAUAAUCAAAUAUGGAAUGCGAAAAAUUUGAGGAUCGCAAUUGGGAUUCAAUUCGUUCCCGGAUGCCUGCUGGCUUCUGCCACAUUUUUCAAUCCUACCCAAUUAUAUCGAAAUAAGUAUGAGGGAAUAGCUCCAAAAUUUAAAAAGUAUGAUUUUAAAAGAUGGAGUCCAACUCGGACUGUUCGAGAUAAAAAUCGAUUUCUUUGAAACAACAUUUUUUCAGUCAAAAUAUAACAUCAAUGUUUUUCCUGACUUGCGGGUUACUGGUUCUUAUUGUUUGUUUUUAUUUGAUUAUCGGGUAUUUUUACCUUUUUGUGGUUUUGCGGAGGAGUGCGACUAGAGUGAGUUACUCGAACUUCAGGGUUCAACAUUAUCAAUUGUUUGGGAGAAAUAGAAUGGCGUGGCUGUUGAUUGUCCCGGCAACGCUGAAGUUGCAAAAACAAUUCCCCGAUUUUAUAGAUCCCCAGGAAAAGCUUUUGAAGAAUGGAGGGAAUAGGAAAUUUCUAGUCCCUAAUGUAAGACUAUGUUUUCCUAGUACCUACAUUUCUAGGUUUUCCUUAGGCUCUAUAAAAUUAUCUAUGACUUACACAAACAAAUCCAAGCUUCUCUUCCAGAAUCACAAUACAUUCCGAAAACUAAACAUCAAAACAAAACGUCGUGACAUGAAGCUGUUAUGUAUGAGUUCACUAGUUGUUCUAACUCAAAUCACCGGUUUCGUUUUUCUCGCAAUAGCUGCUACCGAUAUUAUCGUCCUAAAUCUCGAAGAAUUCUAUCUUCUCUAUAAUAUUGUCAGUGAUUUAUAUUCUGGCCUAAGUCCAUAUUUAUUAUGGAUAUUCAGCGAUUCUCUACGAAUAUUCAUCUUCCAAGAGCUCGGUUUCAAUCAGAAACCAACAAAAAGAGCAACUAUUGCUGUUAGUAGAACAUCUGUUAUAAUAAUACAUCCUGUUUGAGAAUUUGGAAAAAAAGAUAGAUCUUAUCAUGUUUUCGCUUGUUGUUUUUUUUCUGAAACUGUCUCUUUCGAAUUAAAAAGAUAACAUGAAGCGGUGUUUUUUAAUGAAAAAAAAUAAUGUCUGGUUUUUUCUCGGUCGAGAACAAAGGAUUUUUCGAGAACACGGGUAUAAUUUCUGGAAAAACGUUGUUUCUUAAGGAAGGGAUGGCUCAGUGGCAGUGGUAGCUGUUGUCAAUCUCAGGGUCGCGGGUUCGAUCCCCGCUGCAAAUUUUCUUUUUGGAAAAAUCACAGCAAGACUGACAGAAAUCUAUAGGGAUAAAUGGUCAUUUUCUGGAACCUCACAGUAAAUCCUACUCAUAAAUCAAAACAGUUCCAGGCAUACCCCAUAAACAUCCCCAAUAAAUCUUUGAAAUGCCCCCACAAUUUUUUUGGCUAUCCGCGCGCAAAUCUCCGCCUUCCGCGUCCUUUAAAAAGGCGGCUGUCCAUCAAAGUUCAAGCAGAAAAACAUGGAGAAAGAGGAGAUUCGUGUUAAAGCCUACCGAUUUGUCGCCUAUGCUGCUGUCACGUUUUCAGUCGUUGCUGUUUUGACGGUAAGUGCUUUUUGAGCUUUUAAAAUUGGGUAAGGGGGAUUUUAGAUCACGGCCUUUCAGAAAUAGGAAAAAUUGCGAGUUGAGAGAGACGCAGAGAGUGAGAAAUACCAAACCUUUUUGCAGUUCGACUCCUCGUUUCAAGACCAAGCGCGGGAAGCGUCUUGAAUUCGAAAAUAUUUGAAAAACAUAUGUUUCCCGCGCUUUGGUCUCGAAACGAGGAGUCGAACUGCAAAAGGGUUCAAUUUUCCCUAUUUUUGAAAGGCCCGCCACUUCGUUCGAAUAGAGACUGUUGGGUCCUGAAGCGAUGAGCCAUGUUCCUUUAAACGAAUUCUCACUUAUUUACGGGGUUUUUCUCUAUUUGUUAGUCCAAGUGCCCGGUGAGAAAAAAAGAAAAGGUCAGAGACACAGAGGGAACAAUGAUGAUGCAAUCGAGUGCAAUAGAGCGCGCUUUCUCUGCUCUCCUGAAAAUUUCGCAGUCUCAUGAUAUUUCAGGUUUGCAUAACUCUCCCAAUGGUUUUCAACUAUGUAAGCCACGUCAAGAAAUCGAUUCAUCAGGAUAUUCGAUAUUGUAAGGGAUCAGCAAAGGAUAUCUGGUCAGAAGUGAAUGUUAUUCGAUCUUCUUCAGCCAAUAGAACUACUAGACAAGCCUAUGAUUCAACAUCUUCAAGUUCUUCAAAUUGUCAAGGAUGUUGUUUGCCUGGGCCAGCCGGGCCAGCUGGUAAUCCAGGAAAACCAGGCCGUCCGGGAAAACCUGGAGCCGCCGGAUUGCCCGGAAAUCCAGGCCGCCCGCCACAACAACCGUGCGAAGCUGUCACUCCGCCACCAUGCAAGCCUUGUCCACAAGGGCCACCGGGGCUUCAAGGGCCACCCGGACCUCCGGGGGAUGCUGGACUAGACGGGCAACCCGGUCAACCGGGGCAAGACGGGCAGCAAGGGCAGGCUGGGCCGAAAGGUCCGCCAGGGCAACCAGGACAACCAGGAACACCGGGACAGGAUGGGAAGGCAGGGCAAGACGCGCCUAGUGAACCGUUGCAACCUGGAGAGCCUGGAGAACCCGGGGAGCCUGGGCCACAAGGCCCGCCAGGACAUCCAGGACAACCUGGACAGGACGGUUUGCCGGGAGAGGCUGGGCCGAAGGGACCAACUGGACAGCCAGGGCAACCGGGAGUUGAUGGAAAUCCAGGAAUCGCUGGGCCGCCCGGACAACCAGGAACACCGGGAGAAAAGGGGAUUUGUCCGAAAUAUUGUGCUAUUGAUGGAGGGAUUUUCUUUGAAGAUGGAACAAGGCGUCGAUAA